AUGUACACGCGGCUGCAGCACUUCGCCGACGCCGUCUAUAAGAGGGCCGUCGAAGAGUCUCCUCGCGAACCCGAGCUUCCCGGCUGGACCUUUUGGGUCUUCCUCGCCGACUUCAUCGUCUUCCUUCCCGUCAUCCUCUGGGUCUACCCCAUCUUCGCCAUCGUCGAGGACGAGAACCCGCCCGCCUACGACCCCGUCAACCUCGCCGAAGAUGAAGGCGCCAUCCCCUCCGCCGGCCCCGAGGUUCGCCCCGACGGCCCCAUCCCCCAGAACAAGAUGACCGGAGGCCGACCCACCACCGUCACCUCCUCCAUCCGCUCCAUCAACCGCCUGCUGACCACCUACGGCGGCUGGCGCGCAAACUUCCGCGGCAUCGGCGUCUACCUCGUCCAGGCCCUCGCCACAAACUUCCUCUAUGGCAUCUUUUCCUCCUUCCUCCCCAACAUCCUCGCCUCCCUCGCGACCCUCCUCUCGGCCCUCGCCCUCGUCCAGCUCUCCACCGUCUGGGUCCACAUCGUCAUCACCCCUCCGAGCCCCGAGCACUUCUGGAAGCGCCUCCCGCCCUUCAAGCGCACCUUUGACGCCACCGCGAAGCCUGUCGCCGCCUACUGGCUCACCCAGCAGGUCGCCAUCUGGGUCCCCAUCGCCGUCGGCUGGGCCCUCGGCCUCGACCUCCCCAACUUCGAGUUCGGCAAGCCCAAUUCGGUCGUCUCCCAACCCCAGAGCUCCGACGCCUGGAAGAGCAUCGUCAUCACCCUCAUCAGCAUCGCCUUCCAGAUCAUCAUCGUCAUCCCCGCCCACGUCGUCCUCGUCCGCGUCCAGGCCUCCCUCAUCCCCGAGGAGGCCAAUACCAUCAUCCCCUUUGACCGCUCCUUCGAGGGCAAGGUCGAGCCCCGCGUCGUCGGAGGCAAGGGCUAUGCUACCAUGGACGACGCCUGGAGCGGGUUCUCCCGCAACGCCUGGAAGCGCCUGGUCAUUCUCUACGUCAAGAUCUUUGCCGUCUCCUUUGCCACUUUCGCGCUCAUGGCUGCCGUUGUCAUUCCCGAGAUCAUUGUCUUCAGCAAGCUCGCCAAAUAA